CAAAACACUGACUGGUUCCUGAGUUACUGAGAUUCAAACCGUCCUUACUGUGGAUUGUGAAAAUUGCACUGACGCCUGCUGAAUUACAAACCCAAACUUGCUUCCAUUUGUUCUUCUUAUAGGAUUUGCCAGGUUCUGUAAUGGUAGAUGUUGGGAAAUGAAACUAUGUACACCAUUUCAGCACUAACAAACAGAAGGGAAAAGGAACAGAGAUAGUAAGACAGCAAUACAAGUGAUAAGCUGUUGGAGGGGUUACCACGGACACGGAAUAUAUGACCUUGAGUAUGAUAUGCUGGUGAUGCAGAAACGUAUUCUACUUUUGUAUGUGAUAUUAUCCUGAGCUGUGUACCAGUCAUGUGUACCAUGGAGAAAGCCAUUCUGAAAUGAAGGAACAGAAUUACAUUAUUUAAGCAGAUGCAGCAAAGUCUCCAAGGACUGUACUGAAUGAUAGACCAGUGGAUGGACCUCUCACCAUGAUCUUUACAAGGCUAAAAGUGAUCUGUCUGUCCUUACUGAGUACUUCUUUGUUGAUGGUAUGCCAUACAGCCUCACAGAAUUCUCCGGGUCUGCAAAACACUCAGCUGGAGCAGCAGCAGUGUAUAAGAAGAGAACACCCCACAAUUUCAUUUGAUGCUCUGAGGCCGUGGAUGUCCAAUUUCUCAUUUCCGGGAGUUAGAGACUUCUCUCAGCUGGCAACAGACCUUAACAAAAAGCAGCUAAUUGUAGGAGCUAGGAAUUACCUCUUUCGGUUACAUCUGGAUAACACAUCACUCAUACAGGCAACAGAAUGGGCUCCAGAUGAUGAUACCAGGAAGUCCUGUCAGAGCAAAGGAAAGACUGAGGAGGAGUGUCAGAAUUAUGUCCGAGUAUUGAUCAUCAGUGGAAGAAAAGUAUUCACCUGUGGUACUUACGCCUUCUCACCCAUCUGCACUAGUAGACAGAUAGGAAAUCUGACCAAGGUUAUUGACAAAAUAAAUGGAGUGGCACGAUGUCCGUAUGACCCCCGUCACAAUUCUACUGCUGUAAUUACAUCCCAAGGAGAACUCUAUGCUGCUACUGUGAUAGACUUUUCCGGUCGUGAUCCUGCAAUCUAUCGCAGCCUUGGAAAUAUGCCUCCACUGCGGACAGCUCAAUAUAAUUCCAAAUGGCUAAAUGAACCAAAUUUUGUGGCGGCAUAUGACAUUGGAUUGUUUACCUAUUUCUUUUUCCGUGAGAAUGCCAUGGAGCAUGAUUGUGGGAAGACUGUUUACUCACGUGUUGCAAGGGUUUGCAAAAAUGACAUUGGAGGGAGAUUUUUGCUAGAGGAUACAUGGACUACAUUCAUGAAAGCAAGACUUAACUGCUCACGAUCAGGGGAGAUCCCUUUUUAUUAUAAUGAGCUUCAAAGCACGUACUACCUUCCAGAACAGGACCUGAUCUAUGGAAUAUUUACCACCAAUGUGAACAGUAUAGCUGCCUCUGCAGUGUGCGCUUUCAAUCUCAGUGCAAUUACACAGGCAUUCAAUGGCCCUUUCAGAUACCAGGAGAAUCCCAGGUCAUCAUGGAUGUCAACUCCAAACCCUAUUCCUAAUUUCCAGUGUGGCACACUAAAUGAUCAUUCUCCCAAUGAAAAUCUGACAGAACGUAGCCUUCAGGAUGCCCAGCGUAUGUUUCUGAUGAAUGAUGUUGUGCAGCCUGUCUCAGUUGACCCUCUUGUAACUCAGGAUACAGUCCGGUUCACAAAUUUGGUAGUGGAUAUCGUGCAGGGUAAAGAAUUGCUCCACCAUGUGAUGUAUAUUGGAACAGAAUAUGGCACCAUUCUGAAGGUACUUUCUUCAACAAGCAAAACUCUAAAGAGUUGUUAUGUGGAAGAAAUGCAGCUUCUACCUGCUGGUCAAAAGGAAUCAAUCCAGAGCCUCCAAAUUCUUCAUAGCGACAGGUCUUUAUUUGUGGGUCUGAGGUACAGAGUGUUAAAGAUCCCUCUAGAACGCUGCUCAUCUUAUAAAACAGAAGGGUCCUGUUUAGGAGCUAGAGAUCCAUACUGUGGCUGGGACAGCAAGCAGAGACAAUGCACAACAAUUGAGGAUAGUUCGAACAUGAGCUUAUGGAUCCAGAACAUCACCGACUGCCCGGUGAAGAACCUAACAGUGGAUGGUGCAUUUGGUGUUUGGUCUCCUUGGCAGCCUUGUGAACAUUCAGAUGGUGACAGCUCUGGAAUGUGUGUAUGCAGAUCAAGGUCAUGUGACAGCCCUGCUCCUCACUGUGGAGGUCAUGACUGCCAGGGGCCCAGGAUUGAAGUGGCAAAUUGCUCAAGAAAUGGAGGAUGGACACCAUGGUCAUCUUGGGCACAGUGUAGCACCACAUGUGGCAUUGGAUUCCAAGUCCGACAGCGUUCCUGUAGUAAUCCUACUCCACGAUAUGGAGGGAGAGUAUGUGUUGGACAGAGCAGAGAAGAAAGAUUCUGCAAUGAGAACAGCCCUUGUCCACUACCCAUUUUUUGGUCUCAGUGGGGCCCAUGGAGUAAAUGCAGCGCUGAAUGUGGAGGAGGGAUACAUUACAGGCAGAGAACAUGUGAGAAUGGAAACAGCUGUCCUGGGUGUUCACUGGAGUAUAAAACUUGCAAUUCAGAAUCUUGCCCAGAGGUCAGACGAAACACUCCUUGGACCCCUUGGAUACCAAUCAAUGUAUCUCAGGAUGGAGUACGUCAAGAGCAGCGGUAUCGUUAUAUAUGCCGUGCCCAGCUUGCUGAUCCUCAUGAUCUGCAGUUUGGAAAGAAAAAGGUCGAGACCCGUUUCUGUCCAAAUGAUGGCUCUUCUGACUGUGAGACUGACUCAUUGGUGGACGAUCUUCUGAGAAGUGGUGUGUCCUUCUCUGUUAUGAUAAAUGGUGGAUGGUCUGUUUGGACAGCCUGGUCUUCCUGCUCUCAGGAGUGUAGGACUGGGUUCCGAACCAGGAAAAGAACUUGCACUAAUCCAGAACCCAAGAGUGGUGGACUACAGUGUAUUGGAUCUGCUUUGGAAUAUCAGGAUUGCAACCCCCAGCCUUGUCCAGUUAAAGGGGCGUGGUCCUGCUGGUCAUCUUGGUCACAGUGCUCAGCUACAUGUGGUGGAGGACAUUAUCAGCGUACUCGCACCUGCAGCAAUCCUCCACCUGCUAAUGGCGGUGAUAUCUGUAUUGGGCUACACACUGAAGAAGCACUAUGCAACACUCAUCCAUGUGAAGGUGGUUGGUCUGAUUGGUCGGAAUGGAAUCUGUGCAGUGAGGAUGGCGUGCAGUCUCGCAGUCGUUUUUGUGAGGUUCACAAUCCAGGACCAUCGCAAUGUGUUGGGAACAGCACUGAGUAUCAAGUCUGUGUUUAUAAUGAAAUUCCAGUAAUAUUACCAGCUUCGAGUGUUGACAGCGAUUCAAACUGUGCCGGCUUCAGUCUCAUUCAUCUGAUUGCCACAGGAGUUUCAUGCUUCUUUGGUGCCAGUCUGUUGACAUUUGUGAUUUAUGCUUACUGCCAGCGAUGCCAGAGACAGACCCAGGAGUCAACUGUAAUCCAUCCAUCCACUCCCAACCACCUGAACUACAAGGGUAACACAACCCCAAAGAAUGAAAAGUACACUCCUAUGGAAUUCAAGACCUUGAAUAAGAACAACCUGAUUCCAGAUGAAAGGACCAAUUUUUAUUCUCCUUUGCAACAGACAAAUGUGUACACGACAACAUAUUAUCCAAGUACUGUGAACAAAUAUGAUUACAGACCUGAGCCCUCUCCUGGGCGGACCUUCCCUUCUAGCUGAAACCUUAGUAGAGAAAAAUGAAAACAAAAAUUCUGGAGCAUUUUAGAGAACAUAUCAAACUUGUGGACCAAUAUCUGGCCCCGAUCCAACAUUGCAUCAUUGUACAUUAUUUUACCUUGGUUCCAGAAGUGAACAUUGUUCAUAGAAACAGUGAAUCAAUAUCAUGGAUGCAGAACCCAUCAAUAAGCUAUACAAUGCUGGCUGGUUUGUGCAUUUCCAGCUCUCUUGCUGUGUGCAGAGUUUGCAGAGACUAUGGGAAGACUAUAACCACAGCAUGAUGUAGAAAAGCCAUGAAUUCUUUGGACAUUCUGGUAGUUCUGCUGAAUAAGAAACUGUAAACAUUUUGGCUUACUGUUACAUUGUAGCACAGUGAUAUAAUUCUUGGAUUUCAUACCUUUCAGUUUAUCAAAAGCUGACAUAUUUCAAGUAAGCUGCUACAUUAAGUAAUAGAAGAACUUGCAUUUUCUCAGAAGACAUGAAGGACUAUGACAUGCCAAGACAUCAAAGUGCUAUUUUGUUUUCCGUGGGAGGGGGGAGGUUAUUAGCAUUUCAUUGAAUUACUUUUACAUUACUUAGUUUCUCUAGUACAUGCACCCAGUGUGGACUGUUAAGAACUGCUGUUUUGUUAGUAGUCAAAAAACUUCUGAUUAAGCAGAUACGGGCAUGACUUUCGGGCUGCUGCUGCACAGUUUUGUGUGCAGAUUAAAACAUUUUGAGCAUGCUCAUAUAUAGGAAUACUGUGCCUAAAACCCUAUGGUAGUUGUUUAUGACAUGAGACUGUGUAUGAAAUGAUGUAGUAUGUAGCACUUGCAACAUCCCUGACUUGACUUAUGUCAUUUGGACGGCUUUGAACUUCAUCAUUCAAAAGAUAGUUAACUUUAUUAAGGUCUCUGUUGUGUGGAGUAUGACUUGAUCCCAGUUUCUGAUGCUGUGGAGAACAUCAGAUAUUUUAGCCUGUAAGUAGUUUUCAUUCUUGGUAUGCAUUCAGCAUGCUGAAUGAAGAUAGACUAUUGUUAAUGCUCAGCUCAGUAAAUACUACUGUGGAUAAAAUCCAUGCACUACUCUGUACUGGUACGCUUUGGCAUUAUUGCAGUAUUGAGCAAGGAUUAUUAGAUUUGCAUUCCCUAGCCAUUCGGUAUCAGUUGCCUUUCCCUUGAGUUGUUAUGCGUGAGAAUGAUGCCAUGAUCUUUUAUUAGCUUCAUAUGGUACUUUAAAGAAAAGCAUAAUUUCUGCAAAUAAUGGAGUGUUUCUUAUCAUUAUUCACUUGACUGUUUUACUGAAGUAUUCAGAAUCAGUGGUUGGAACUCAGAAUGUCAUUUAAAUAAGUUAAAUUCUAUGUAUUGUUUUCCUUUGCAUUGCAGACCAGUGCUUAAAAGUAUGUGAACCAUGUGAUAUAAUAUGCAUAUCAGGUUAUGCUUUGGUUAACUAUGCAGACCUUUUGAAAGAAAAUACCACAUGGCAAAAACUGGAAUAAUGCUGAAUUGCUAUCCAUUUAACAUUAAUUUCUUUGCAAUUUUAUUAUUUUACUACUAUUUUAUGUUUAUUUAAACCCUGCUGAAGACAUAACUGAAUACAUGCAGAAACAAAGAUAUUAUAUAUAGUAUACAGAACGACAUUACAACCAAGUGCAUUCACUUUUGAAGUUGUUGUCACUUCAGAUGAGCUGGUAUCACAGAGGUCCAUUUUUAUCAACAAAUCCUUUUUGCAAACUGUUACAUGACUAUUUUUUUUCACAUUGUCAUUUAGUAUUAUACAUAAUGUCAAGAAUACACAAACUAUGUGCAUAGACCGUGGGGCUCCUAAAGAUUUAGGGUCACAUUACUUGCAAGGUAAAUUGAGUUUACACCACUGGACUCAACAUGCAUACUGAUUCAUAAGUUCCUUAGUUAACAAAAAACUCUUUAUCUCAACCUGUUUUUAUUGUAGUUUCAGUAACAACAGUGUCUUCUUUAAUGUGGUUACUUGAAUGAAGGAUCCCUAGCACCAGAGGCCAAGAGCAAUGCUGACAUUUACAUUUAAUGUGUUUGCAUUUUAGUCACUGGUAUAUUUGAAGGGGUAUUACAUCUACUAUGGAUCCAUUUAACGUGUGCAAACAGCUGUAAUAUGUAUAUACCGCUUGCACAUUAUGGCUGCUGUAGGUGUCUGUACCGUUGUAGUAGUCUUCAUAUAUUGUUUUACAGGUGGAGAUUAGGCUGAUGUGCAGUAGUUUUGCUUGUAAUUUACAUGCAUCGUUCAGUGUUACUUAGAAAACUCUAAAAUAGUUAUUAGCAUUUCAGUAUCAUGUUUUUCUGUGCAGAAAGCUGCUAACCUAGUAAGUUUGGGUUUCUUAGCAGGCACCUGUGGAACAGGGGAGUACAUUGUGUGCUACUGGGUCACUAGUAUUUCCUGGAAGGAAGUUUGAUUUUGGUAUGUGAAGGGUGGCCACAGGGAGUGAUAUAGAUCAAGGAAUUCUGAUUUGUUACAAAUAACAGGCUGAACAUGAAUGCAGUGCCACAUGUGAGUUUAUAAUGCACUGGAGGCCAAUCUGCUUGUUGGCACUUAUAAGUGAGAGCAAGAAAAUCUCAAGCAAAAUGACUUUGUACUGCAGUGAUAUGGUGGUAGGAGACACACCACCCUGAAUUUUGGUGCUAUAGCCUUUAGUAGUAGUAAGACAACAGAGUUAGAAGCCAGUAGCACAGACUGCCACUCCUCCAUUUUGUGGAUUGUAUCUGUGAGGGGGGAUAGCUGUGUGCUGAAUUGCUAGUGUGAGAAUCAUGAAAGCUGGCUGCAUGCCGUUUACCGCUCUCGAAUUUUUUUUUUUAAAUAACUGUCCAAUCAGUCUCUGUGGCCAUCAACCUUUACUAUUACUGGCUUCUCUUCUCUCCUGCCCUCAGCUGCUCAUUUUGGUGAGUUGCAGACAUAACUCACAGCAACACUUGUCAGUGUGAGCAGCCUUUUGGUCAGAACCAAGUCAGAGUCUCCAAUGCCUCAGCAAAUUAACAGCAACUGGUGGAAGAGGAAGGAGAGUUAGUUAAAUGGCUUUUAUAGGAUGAGUGAUGCUAGUAACACCUGAAGAUGAAGAUAAAUGAGCAAUUGGACGGUAUGUCAUCUGCAUCGUAAUGUUAUUAUCAGGUAAAAAUUUGACAAAAUGCAUCAGAUACCAAACUACAAGCUGUGUAAUCAGGAAUUCCAAGCAAACUGACAAACAGAUCAUGCACAGCUGUGCACGAUUAAAACAAAGAGAAUAAAGUAAUAAAUCAAUUAAAUAGUAUAAUAAAAAUGAAUGUGUUCCACUUCAAGCACAGCCUCCUCUGAGUUUGUCAUGUCUUGUCCACUUUAUUAUAAUUCAGUACAGAGAUUUUCUUUUAUUUAGUAAAAUGAAAAGAAAUGUGCUUCUCUUUCAGCACAUCCUCAUCCCAAUCCACAUUCAACUUCCCUGGACUUGUGUGGUAGGAGAUCUCCAUUGGGAGAUUAUAGGCACUAGUAAAUGCUACUAAACAAUAUAUAUGACUGAUAAGCUCAUCACUUCAGCCUUUCUCUUCCCUUAAGCACUUCAUUAACUAUUUCAGUUUAUCCCUACAUGUGUCUUUGUUCAAGCCCAAAUCAGGUAUUUCAAAAACUCUGCUCUUAGCUGUGCCUGGAAGCAAGGCAGCCACUAGUAGGGUUUGCAUUUUAUUUCAGUUAUGCCUCCAGACUUCUAGGUCAUUUUACAGCCUACUCUCAUCAAAACUGGAUGGACCUUAGAACUAGAAGUUAUUGUAUGUUGCUAAUUAUCAUAUGCUGUCUUCACAUCUAGUGAGUACAAAAAAUGAAAAAUACAUUUUUAAUGAAGUUAGCUUAAUUUCCAGACCUUCCCAGAAUCCCACCAUAAUGAAACCUCUCCUCCUUUCGUUAUUAGCUAGUCAGCUUUCAUUCCUAAAAAUGAAAAGAGGUACUAGGUCCAAGAAAGGUGAACACUAACUUGUUAGUCACACAAAAUUUAUACAUAUAACUUGUCCAAAAAUGUUAACUAGAUUGCUUAAAUGGUAUCCAUUACAUCGUUAAUCUGUAAUCAAGGCUUGACAGACUUGUGACCUAAAUAAUACACAAGUUUUUUUUCCAGUAGUUAAUUAACACAUACUUUAAUGUUACCGGUACAGGAAUCAGAAGAGUGAUGUUCUACAGAAGUAACAAAAGAAUUAAACUCGUUGGUACGAAACAAGUGAUGCCCUGUCAUUCACAGCAGAAAAAGAAGUACUUCAUGUUCAAAUCAGGUCAUACAUCCAGAAUUCCUUGCAAAAAAACUAAGAAUUUCAAAACUGACGUGGUCAAUUUUAAAUUAAAGAACUGCUGUGGAAGCCAUUAGACAUCAGGCAGUUUUAAGUUUGGGUAUUCAACACAAUUACCUAAACAGGAGUAAUUUUCCACCAUGUUUUCAUUGAAAAGUAUAUUAAAGCAGCUGCAAUGCAAAUAUGUUAAUUUUCACCUCCACACUGAUGCUUUGUCAGCCAGAACAAUAGCAGAAGGAUAGAAUAAAGCUUCAGAUAUGUAAGUAGGUGGUGUUUUGGAGGCUACUUAGUUUUUUUUUUUAAAUGAUUUCCCUUCAAAUGUAUACAUUUCUGCUAUACAAGAUGCUGGGAUGGUGUCAUUCGUUUCACUUCUCAGUGAUGGACUACAUUUAUUCUAUUAAGUUAAUCCUCAUUUCCUGUCAUUUGUAUCAAACAGGACCCUCUGGUUUAGGCCCUUUGUUGUAUUUAGCUGACAUCUGUAGUAUGAACUGAAUGUUCUUCCCACUGAGUUGUUUCAGUUGUUGACUAUAAAUCCAAUUUUAUUUGCAUAAAAUCAUAAGGUUAGAACUUAGGAUUCAAAAUAUGCAAUAGAACGGAAGAAAAAUAACUGUUCUGAGCAGGUGAUGUGUUAAAAGUACAACUAUUGUGAAACGGGAUUGAAUGGGGAUGUCUUUUGCCGUCUGCAAUAUUUACAGUAAUUUGUAUUUUCUAUAGUCAGUAUACUACACAAUUUGUUGGUUUUCCCUAACAAAACCACUCUAAUAUAGAAUUACAUCAGGCAUGCAAUAAUUUGUAUUAUUCACUGGAAUGCUUUCACCUGUUAUUUAAAUACAUUGCACUGUAGUAGAAAGGUAAAAUCCAUUAUAUCUCACAAACGAGAAAAGUAUAUUAUUGAGCUAUCAAAAACAACCUCACCAAGGAUUGUAAUCACUGCUGAGAGGUGAAACAAAUCUUGUUUAAACCAUCUCCUUCUCAACUAAAACACGCUAUUGAUUUAAACAAAUAUUUUCUCUUACUAGACAGCCCUCCAGAUCAAACAAAUAGCAUAAUUACAUCUCCUGCCAAAGAUGUCCAAGGAAGUUGUACCAGGAAAAUGUUCUUUUGAAGAUGUGCUCUUCAUCUGUUCUAGGCACUAAAGAAAGCAUCACACUGCACUUUAGUGCCUCAUGCUAGUGCUGUGACCCCAAAAAUUGCAGCAGAUUCAUAGAUGAAAAAGUCAGAUCCAUGCGUACACUGAAACAUACCUUUUGUAAUGGUGGUGUUCUAAAAAGAUAUUUCUGUUUGUAAAAAGAAUACCACUAACAGCAAUACAUCAUGGCAGGUUUGUGGGUGUUUCAUAUAUUUAUCCAGGUCUAGUUUGGUAACUUAGGCUACACUCUCAUGAUGUAUCAGUACUUCUCCCUAAGGGUUGAGUACUGUUUCCUCGCAAUUACUGACAUUGAAACAAGAAAGUCAGCAGCCCAAAUCAUUAGCUUUUGCAGAAACUACAAAAACAAUCAGCUGCGACUUCACCUGCAUCCACAUGACUCUGUAUAUAUACACUAAACUCAGUAACCUCAGGUAAAAGGGGAACUUUCUUUCCCCCAAAGUUCAGCAGCCUUGGGCUUAAUAUUGACUUAAGCAGCAGAGAAGAGAGACAUGAUGUUUUGAGACCCCCCUGUGCAGAACUUGAACAAGUUUUCUCAACAAAGGGAUGGAUUCCUCAUAUGAAUUACCCACACCAUGGCCAUGGUAUAAUACCAUAUUAGAAGAUUCCCAUACAGCAUUUUUAGAGGUUUCCAACCUAGAGGGCACCUGGUACAUUUGAACAAUUUAGUCAUAAGUGCUUGAUGGUGAUGUCACACUUCAAAUAUGGAGCAUGACCAAUAAGUUGGAAGGUCUCAUUUUUUUAUCUGUGUGCAGCUUGACUGCAGAAUGCUAGGGUGUACAGUGAUAAGUUCUACCAUUACAGUUUCACUUCAUUUGUAUGUAAACAGCUGACGUUAGUGUGGCUUACAUAGUGUGUAACUUUAGCUGAAACCUGUCAUGAGUCUGGGUUGGGUAAAUGUAGUGAGUGUACUGCAGACUAAAGGAAGCUAAUAUCUUGUUGUUGGUUUUGUAUAUUGCCUUAAACUGAGAUAUAGAGUGAUGCCAUUUUAAAUGCUCAUAUAUGUAAAGAUAAAGCGUUUGACAGAGGCUGUCUUCUAACCAGAUUCCUUCUUGAUUUCUAACUUUUUUUGAUCUCAUAUGUAUAUGUGUUGCAAGACCGUUACUAGUAGUUUAUGUUCAAAUUGGCAGACUGGAGUUUGGUCAUGUAAAAUAUUUAUGUUACAGUUCUACUCAGUUUUUCUUCAGGUGUUACACCAAAAUUACCUAUGUACAAAUGUUCACUGAAAAUUAUAUCCUGUCAUGCAAGCAAAUACUUUUAGAAGACAUAGUUGUUCUGGAUGUACAUAAGCUUUAGUCCUUCUUACCCAAGUAAUCACAUUUUCAGAAUUCGAAAUGUAAAUGUGUAAAGUGUAGCUAACAUUGUUUUAAAUGCCUUAUUAAUAGACGAUGCAAAGGAGGCUAGAUAAGUUAUGUAAAUGACAAUAUAGACUUGAAUGGAGUCCACUACAUACAAGACAACAAGCAUCUUGUAGUUGUUUGUUCUGGUUCCUUUUUUUAUCAGUGGCAUGUAGUCAGUUUAGAAGAUAAGGUUGUCUUGUUUUGAGAAAGAAAGCAAGCAUAAAUAUUUCUACUGUGGCAUUUGAUAAGAAUAAGAAGCUAGUGAUAUAAGUAAACUGUUUUCAGAUGCAUCCAUCCCAUACGGUUAAGGCUCGUCUUCUUUCUGAGGUUAGAUAGAAUUCCAGGUUUGUAGAUGGUCCUCCUCCUACUGUUGCUAACUUCCUGAUCUGGAUAACCAUACAGAUGUGUUGCUUUCAUUGGCACCAGCUUUUAUCUUUGAACCACUGAAUCUAUGCAGAUAUUUUUGUAUGUGCAAAGUCACCAAUAUUAGUCAUUCCUGAUGAAGAUGUCCUUAUGCCACAAGUUUACUUUAAAAGCUUAUAAAAUGCAAGUAAAUGCAAGCUUGCAGGAGAACUCUACUUCCUGGCACUUGUUUUCAGAGCAUUUUUAGAAAAGUAAACGUUCCAUAAACAUUUCUCCAUGGUGGUGGAUAUCUCUUGAUGUUUAUUACUAAACACUGGCUUUAAGAUGUGUAUAUAGUUUCUGAAUAGUGGGGGUCAGUUAUACAUAAAGGAACACCCUAGAAUUUAAACCAAGCAGCUAAGGUGCACAACUUGUAAAUGAUACCUACAAUUUAUACUUUAGGGGGAGAAAGAGGAAAACACUUGCUGGCCUACAUAUCUUAGAGCACCGCAGCAUCUGAGGAAACCAUCUAUUUAAAGAAACUGGAAGGCAGAGAUGCUGUCAUAUGCACUGACUUAAAAGUAUUUGCAAUCACAUUUGGUUAAGAUUUUUUAAUGGGGUAUUGUUACAUUUUGAAGUUAUUGACUGUGGCAUGUUGUGACCUUGUGGUGCAAAAGUUGAUGCUAACGAGUUUCUGAUCUUUACUCCUGCUUGCACAUGUCACUAGUUAAAGCUCAGAAGGGGGUAAUAAAAAAUGGACUCAGAACGUAAAGAAAGACUAGUGUAAUACAUAAGCCUUGCAUCAGUCAACUAAUCCAGUAUUCACACCUCACUGCUUCUGACCAGCUGUAGCAUGUGAGGAAGCUCAACUAUGGGAAGUAGCGGGCAAUGUACUCAAAACAGCAGUGCCUGGCAUAAGAAGUCUCUGUUUACACAAUGGCAGCUUUGUACUCUGGAAAAAUGGCUAAGUAUUUCCAAGUGGAAGAGUGUUUAUAAUGUAUACUGGAUUUCCACUGAUAACUGCAGUUAUAAUAUGCACCUGAUGUACAUAAACAUAAGCCAUAAGAAAAAUAAGUAGGCUGUUUUGCUUUUAACUAGCAUUAGACUUCAGUGGUUCCUAUUUUUGGAAGUGACAUGAGAUACUACUUAAAUGGAAUCUGGCCAAAGUAUUCAUUUAAGAAAUAUCAUGUGACUAUCAAGGUGUACUCGAGUAGAUAUAAAACAGACACUUGGUUAGCUUCAAAAAGAGCAAAGGUAUGUUAGCUGUCGAGGUAUUAGUGGACUCCAUUGUGAGGGCGUAGCACCUUUCCUAUGCAAUGACUUGAUAGUAUGUCACCUAGAGUGUAAUCACUGCCUUUAGACACUGUGAAUUUUUUUGGUACUCUGUAUUUUUGUAUACUGUACUAUGUAAAAAUAAUACAGAAAUAAAACAAACACCAUCAUUCUAA